GAGGAGGCAGGAACUGUAGGACGAUGAGUGGUUUUCACGGAGGAUUUCCAGUAGCAGGUGGGUUAGGAACUACUUUUCCUUCAGCAGCAUCCUUCCCUCAUUAUGCCAUCCAACAAGGGAUCCCUUACAAUCUUUAUGGGUACUCUCCCUACUCGCCAGAUUACACUUACCCUACGGGUUACUAUAGUGUGUAUGGGGGAGCAACUAGUCAAUAUCCAGUGUAUGGGACUGCGGCUAGUGGUGUGUUAUCGAGUGCAGCUGCUGCGUUUUACCCAUACAUGAAUUUUGGAGAAGGAAGCGGUAAUGGAUACCCAGUCAGCCAGGGUUACGGCGUUCAGUACCCACACCAUCUCUUCCCCUAUUCAGCUGCUGCUGGUGCAGGUUACCCGAUACAGCACUAUGGUACGCCCAUUUCCCAUGCUCCCUCAUCUGCACUGCAUUCAGGCGUGACAAAGACUUUGCGUGCGCCAGUUCCUCAUUGUUAAGAGACAUCGAAUAAUUGUCAAAUGGUGACCAAGAGAGAUUGAUACAACAUUGAUCUGUAAUGCUACCUCUCCGAAGGAUCUUUGUCCUAACCAUGGUUCUCUUGCAUCUUUCUCUUUGUCAAUUAAUGGAGGGUUGCCCACGUAUAGAACAAGGGCUUCUCCAGAAGUUUAAAGCCCCCCUUAGGGGUACCACAUCUUCAGAAAUGUGUGGAGUACAAUUAACUUCUCCACAUUUCAUUUCUUCUCUUGUAAGGAAAGGGUCCUUCAUGAGAGACAAAGCAUGCAUAUGCAUCUCACUAUCACCUAAUUUAGCUAUCAAAAGAGCUUAGUUAGUCAUUGCAUUUUUAUCUUUUUCUUUUUAUCUCUAAAAACAUAGCCCUGGAGAGGCUGAGCAAAUUUCGCCCCUUAAGAGCCCACUUAAAAAGUCUAGAGUUAGUUUUAGUUUUGAAAAAAAAAAAUUCAUGUAAAAUUUCAAGAAUAUUCCAACUUGUAGUCCUUUCAACUUCACUUUAAUAAUGUGGAGCUUGAAAUGACUAAUCCCUCCAACUUAAACUUUCUGUAUUACUUGCAGUUAUAGAAAUCUUGUGAAAUCAAGAGGAUGUCCCCAAGUUUUUGUUACUACUAACGAUUAACUAGUCUUUGGAUUUUAGAACUUAGACUAGGAUCAAUCACCUUUAGAAAAUCUUUUUAAAUUCUAACAUAGAUGCUGUGUCUAACAAGUCAGCAACCUCUCUUGAGGAUAAGGGGGAGUAUCUGAACUGUUGAUGCUUUUUUUAAUGUUGUAAAAGGUCUAGGGGCUAGAAGGUGGGUAAUUUUAGCCCCGUUUUCUUUUAUAUAGGUAGGAGGGACAGUGUUGAUUUCCUUUUCUUUGGUAAAUUACUUCAGCCUUUAUUACAUUUCAUUAACUUUUUUAGGAACUCCAUUAAAUGGUUAUGGAGUUCCAAUGCAUGAGAAGUUAGUUACCCUAGGGAGAUAUUUUGGGGUCUCUUGGGUUCUUCUUCAACUAGACUCAUCAAUCAUGGUUAGGACUCAGAUCAUCUUCGUUUCUCUGCCACGCACUCUUUCUCUGUAAUUUGAACUGAAAGCUGAUACUAUAUAUGUGUAAGCCUAUGAUGUUUGGACUGUAGUAGCUAGGAAGAAGAUUCCUUCUCCAUCAUGGAUGAUUGAGAGUGGAUUGGUACUACUUAAGCAACGUAUUGUUUUAAUUUUAACUAUGUUAGAGACGACUUUGUUUAGUUUUGCUAAUGUAUUGAUCGUUUAUGAUGGAACUAAUGUUAUCCGUUAUCGUUUUAAAUUCA